UAGUGUACAGCUCUUUAGCUAACGUAAGCAUGUGUAUUAUUAUCUUGCUCCGGCGGUUCAGUGCAUCUACUACGGGAAGUCCUGUAUGAGUUGCAGGAAGUCCGGGAGAAUACAAUUAACACGGAGAAGACGAGUUAUAAAUAUGGCCUUGGACGUCUGGAACUGAAACUUAUCAUCUUCAAUAUAUUCUCAACUUUCCACACAUAUCACAAGUUAACAGCUUAUUGUUAUCAUUUUAUCACUUACUUUUUACAAGCAUAUCGCCAGUAAACAAAAUCUCAAUGGCUUCAUACCUAGUCACCGGUAGCUCCCGUGGCCUUGGCCUUGCAAUGGUUACCCACCUUGCGAAUUCCACUCCAUCUGAUGCGAGAGUCGUAUUCGCAACGGCACGUUCUCAGAACCCUGACCUCAAGGAACUCGUUGAGAAAUCGUCUGGGAGAGUGGUGUUUGUCGAGAUGGAUACUACCGAUCAAGCCAGCGUCGAUAAAGCUGUGAAGGCUGUCGAAGUUCAAGUUGGUGAUAAAGGCCUGGACUACCUUGUCAACAACGCCGGUGUUGGUGGAUUUGCUCCAGAAUGGACGGAGAAAUUGGCGAACCUGAACGAGGAGUUCAAUGUCAACGUCACCGGCACCCACAUCGUAAUCACCAAGUUCCUCCCCUUGAUGCGAAAGGGUCAGGCCAAGAAAAUCACGAGCAUUGCAAGCACAAUGGGCUCCUUGGCGAUGGCCGAGCCCUUCGGCAUCUUUCCGCUCCCAGCAUACAAGAUCUCUAAGGCGGCAUUGAAUGCUCUAACCGUACAGUGGGCACUGGCACUCUCUAGUGAAGGAUUUGUUGUAACAGGAAUAAACCCCGGGACUGUUAAAUCUGCGAUGGGAGGCGGAGAUAUUGCGGACCUUACUCUCGAGCAGGGCGCAAGAGGGGUUAUUGAGGCUCUAGUGAAGGGAGGUGCCGAGAAGAAUGGAAAGUCUUUUAUGAUUGAAGUCGCCGGGUGGGAGAACGCCACUGGGGUGCAUCAGUAUAAUGGUAAAACUAUGCCAUGGUAA